AUGGGGGCUCGGAUCAGUAAGGAACCAGUUGAGCCUCCUGCCAACUGGCCCCCCGAUGCGGUGCAGCCUUAUGAGGACCCUUUUCCCGUUUAUAUCGUUUCGCAAUCCCGGUUUUAUUCUUUGGUUCAACAGGCCUCAUUAUGGGGCGACUACUUUGUGCUGCAUGACCAACGACCAGAAGACACGUUCCGGAAGAAGCACAUCGCGACUGCGAAAGCCAAGUGGGACGCUUCGCAGGGUUUGGACUGGGCGUGGGACGUGACGGUGCUGAUCUACUCGAGUUCGCAUAAGGACCCGGCUAUCCAGGAGUUGGUCGACGCGUUAGUGAGUGCGGAAUAUCCGCCGGCUGCGGUGUACAUUUUGGAGGGAGGCAUGAGUGCGUUUCUGAAGCGGUACAAGGCGCUGUCCAGCGGGAGUGCGUUGUCGGACUCACUACCGGGUCCGGUUGAGUUGAUUCCACCUACGCCGACACACGUCGGUACCUACGCCAUCCAUCGCGUGCAUUUCAUGCGCAGCAAAAACUUCACAUCACGAUUAAAUAUCGGAACCAUCAUCAACAUUAGCGCGCGCCGGCUCUUCGUCAAGACGCCAGGCAUCAGUCUCGAAAACACCAGCUUUAGCUCUUCCCCCGCACCUGACGACUUUGUAGUCGUUAUCUACUGCAAAUACGCCAACGAAAAACUCGCCAAAAAAGGCAAAAAGAACAUACUCAUUAUCGACGAACCAGGCUGUGAUUACGCCACCAUCCUCGCAGGCUGGCACCUCAUCAAGUAUCGAGACAUACCUCCAGACACAGCCAUAGAAAGCAUCACCAUGCGGAACGGCUUCCUAGACACUUGGUACACGGAUGUCCUCACCGAGUGGUGCUCUUAA